AUUGAGGUAAUCGGAGUAAACAGUAAAGAUGGCGACCUCUGGAGCAGGAGAGGGGUGCUCCAGCCUGAACGGGAUCGUUUCCGAGACAGAACACAAAACAUUUACAGACCUACCAGCCGAAUUACUUGAGUACAUCUUAUGCUUUCCUGUACUCAAACAUGUCGACAUUUGCAACGUUUCCUGUAGCUGCAAGCGGCUACACGACGUUUGCCACGGCAGGGGGAAGGUCUGGGGACACCAGUACAAACUCAGGUGAACUGACAUGAUUAUCUUGCUAGCUAUCUUGCUAACUAGAGAUGUAACUAUCUAAUGCUAAAUGGCAUCUAAAUCGCAGUUGCCCCUCUAAAAUAUGAGAUUUAUUUCAGUACAGUCAGGACAGAUCCGUUAUAGCGAGCAAGCAAGGCAGCUGUCAAACGGCCGUUGACAUCCUGCUGAUGCACCAAAUUCGACAUCACGCAAGGCAAUGGUAGCCAGCUUAGCUAAAAUAUCUCAGUAAAAAUGAACAAUUUCACAAUUAUUGUCUUUCACCUUGUCGUGCAUCUGAGAACAGAUAUUGAAAUUGUGUGACCUUGAAUGCUGGGAAAUACAGUGAUUGGACUGCAGGUCUUGUGUAACGUUAGUUCUUGCAAAAAUCAGUUGGCUUGACAUGGCACUUUGCUGAUUGUUUUUCUCUGACUGAGCCCCAUGCAGUAGUGGUUCAGAGACUAUUGGUAUUCUUUGAAGGCCACAAACUAUUAGCUAGCAAUUUAGGUAGUGCUGAGCCAUUAGUGCUUUUUGAAGUCGGUUCGAUUAUAAAAAAAAUUAUCACGGGUUUCGAUUUAUUUAUUUUAAACAUGAAAUGCAUUAUGAAACAAUGACUUUACAAUGUUUUUAGAACAUUUUUAAUGGAAAUUCCAAAGCCUAAACAUUGAAAAUAUUCCAUUGUCUCUGAUCAGGUCCACAUUGGGUAGACAUCAAUAGAAAAAUAGGAAAUUACUGUGAAAUAAUACAAUAUUUAAGUUGUGUAUAUUACUUAGGUUUUAUUUGAUUACUUUAUUAUUUUUAAUUCCUUAAAGUAAUAAUCUCAUCUCUGCUCAGGCAUUAGCAGUCAGCCAGGCCAUCUAACAUUAUGUUCCUCCCCAUACUGUACUGUCUUUAGUCAUCCUAUUUAUACUGAACAAAAAUAUAAAUACAACAUGCAUGGUAGUUGUAGGUGAUGUCUUUAGUAGUACACUGCCAUGGUUAUUACAUUUACAUUUACAUUUUAGUCAUUUAGUAGACGCUCUUAUCCAGAGCGACUUACAUGAGCAAUUAGGGUUAAGUGCCUUGCUCAAGGGCAUAUCGACAGAUAUUUCACCUAUUUGGCUCGGGAUUAGAACCAGCGACCUUUCGGUUACUGGCACAACGCUCUUAACCGCUAAGCUACCUGCCGCCCCAUUGUCAUUCUGACUUAGCCUAGCUAUACUGAACAAAAAUAUAAACGCAACAUACAACAAUUUCAAAGAUUUUACUGAGUUACAGUUCAUAUAAGGAAAUCAGUCAAUUGAAAUAAAUUCAUUAGGUCCUAAUCUAUGAAUUUCACAUGACUGGGCAGGGGUGCAGCCAUGGGUGGGCCUGGGAGGGCAUAGGCCCACUCACUUGGGAGCCAGGCCCAGCCAAUCAGAAUGAGUUUUUCCCCACAAAAGGGCUUUAUUACAUACUUAAAUACUCCUCAGUUUCAUCAGCUGUCCGGGUGGCUGGUCUCAGACUAUCCCUCGGAGGAAGAAGCUGGAUGUGGAGGUCCUGGGCUGGCGUGGUUACACGUGAUCUGCGGUUAUGAGGUCAGUUGGACUCACUGCCAAAUUCUCUAAAACAACGUUGGAGGGGGCUUAUGGUAGAGAAGUUAACAUUCAGUUCUCUGGCAACAGCUCUUGUGGACAUACCUGCAGUCAGCAUGCCAAUUGCAUGCUCCCUCAACUUGAGACAUCUGUGGCAUUGUGUUGUGUGAAACAACUGCACAUUUUAGAGCGUCCGUUUAUUGUCCGCAGCACAAUGUGUACCUGUGUAAUGAUCAUGCUGUUUAAUCAGCUUCUUGAUAUGCCACACCUGUCAGGUGGAUGGAUUAUCUUGGCAAAGGAAAAAUGCACACUAACAGGGAUGUAAACAAAUUUGUGCACAAAAUGUGAGAGAAAUAAGCUUUUUGUGCUUAUGGAACAUUUCUGGGAUCUUUUAUUUCAGCUCAUGAAACAUGGGACCAACACUUUACAUGUUGCAUUUGAUAUUUUUGGUCAGUAUAGCUAGGCUGCCAAAGUAUGCUGCAGAACUGUCUGACAAUCAUUUUACUAGUUCUUCAAAGUAGAUAAGGCAUACUUUCACAAAUUAUCUCUGGCCCUCUUGUCGUUGUGUACAUUCCUCUCUCAUGUGGUCUGUGUGUAUCUAACGUAACGUAGCAGGUAUAAAAGUGUAUCCUUCCAGAGAUCUGUAUAUAAUGACGAAAUGCUCAUGUCUCCGCCCUAACAAAGGGAGUCGUUGUCCCAAAGGUGGGAAGGCAGGUGACAAACUUAGGUCCAAAAUAAGCCCAUAGAAACGCAUAGGGCUUGUUUUAGACAGAUUUUUGCGAGAGUGAAACCUUUCGCUUUGCCUCUUCCAAACUGGCGCAAUUGAUUAUGGUCAUUGUAGUUAAAUACCAGGUUUCUGCGCUGAACUAGGUUGAAUAUCUGCUUAAUGAAAACUACAACUCCUUUAAGCCCAGCGUUCCACCUGGUUCAUGAUUUGAUUUAUUUUGUGAAUUAUUUAAUUACUCUAGCGAAACGGUGCGUUAGGCUCACACACAAAAAAUUAACUAAACGAAAUUCAAGUAAAUGAACCAACGUUGGUCAAUUAGUUGUUUAAUAACCCAAAAAAAUUAAAUGUUGGUUAAUUAUUCAGCACAAAAUUUAAGCCUAAUGCAGAUUGCAGACAUUAGAUGCUUUUGGAUUGUUAUAUUGUGAAUGAUCAUAUCUGUCAGACUGUCACACACCUCAAGUCAAUACUUUAUAUGGCUAACUGUCUGCCUUAACUUUCUGACUACAGUCCCUUUUCCUACACUCCCCAGAUGGCCAAGAUUACAGAAGCAUUACCGCCUGAACGAGUGUUGUGAUUGGCUGAAAGAAUACAGAACGCGGCACACUGUUGGUCUACAAAUACGACGAACAGUUGUAUCCAUCUCCCAGAGAUUCUUCACGGAAGUUGUAAGUGAUGUCUUUAGUAGUACGCUGCCAUGGUUAUUGUCAUUCUGACUUAGCCUAGCUAUACUGAACAAAAAUAUAAACGCAACAUGCAACAAUUUCAGUUCAUAUAAAGAAAUCAGUCAAUUGAAAUAAAUAAAUUAGGCCCUAAUCUAUGAAUUUCACAUGACUGGGUAGGGGUGAAGCCAUGGGUGGGCCUGGGAGGGCAUAAGCCCACCCACUUGGGAGCCAGGCCCAGCCAAUCAGAAUUAGUUUUUCCCCACAAAAGGGCUUCAUUACAGACCGAAAUACUCCUCAGACAAUCUCGCAGGUGAAGAAGUCGGAUGUGGAGGUCCUGAUCUGGCGUGGUUACGGUUGUGAGGCCGGUUGGACGUACUGCCAAAUUCUCUAAAAUGACGUUGGAGGCAGCUUAUGGUAGAGAAAUGAACAUUCAAUUCUCUGGCAACAGCUCUGGUGGACAUUCCUGCAGUCUGCAUGACAAUUGCACGCUCCCUCAAAACUUGAGACAUCUGUGGCAUUGUGUUGUGUGACAAAGCUGCACAUUUUAAAGUGGCCUUUUAUUGUCCCCAGCACAAGCUGCACCUAUGUAAUGUUCAGCUUUUUGAUAUUCCACACCUGUCAGGUUGAUGUGCACAACAUUUGAGAGAAAUAAGCUUUUUGUGGAAAUGUAUGGGAUUUCUUCUUUCAGCUCAUGAAACAUGGGACCAACACUUUACAUGUUGUGUUUAUAUUUUUGUUCAGUGUACUUUGUGGAGAUGGAAAGAGGUGUUACUAACAUUGUAAAAACUUAGCAUGAAAGAUACUGUAUUUAUUGGCGAUCCUAACCCCACCACAUCAUGCUCAAUGUGACUUGGCUGGCCUGAUGGUGUAAAUGUGCACUGUGUGUGUUGAGCGCAUGUUGCCUGCACUGCGUGCAUGUGCGUGUAAUGGUGUCCGUAUUUGAGUGUGUGUGUGUGAGCUUGGCUGGCCUCUUUAGCACUAACCCAGAGAUCUGCAACGCAGCCUUGCGUUGGCCAGGUGCUGGGGGACAGCUUUGCUGAGAUCGAGUCCCUCGGCGCCCCAGAGCACUUCUGUGAAGACGAGCUGCUUUCCAUACUCAACUCAGAAAGGAGGUAAGAACCAUGUCCACACUCCAGUCCAGCGGGAACAACUAUCUUUGGCCAUUAGUUCUGUUUAACACAACCGUUCAAAAGUUUGGGGUCACUUAGACAUUUCCUUGUUUUCGAAAGAAGAAAAAAAAAUUGUCCAUUGAAAAAAAAACAUCAAAUUGAUCAGAAAUACAGUGUAGACAUUGUUAAUGUUGUAAAUGGCUAUUGUAGCUGGAAACGGCAGAUUUUUUAUGGAAUAUCUACGUAGGUGUACAGAGGCCCAUUAUCAGCAACCAUCAGUCCUGUGUUCCAAUGGCACGUUGUGUUUAUUAAUCCAAGUUUAUCAUUUUAAAAGACUAAUUGAUCAUUAGAAAACCCUUUUGCAAUUAUGUUAGCACAGCUGAAAACAGUUGUGCUGAUUAAAGAAGCAAUAAAACUGGCCUUCUUGAGACUAGUUGAGUAUCUGGAGCAUCAACCAUUGUGGGUUCGAUUACUGGCUCAAAAUGUCCAGAAACAAAUAACUUUCUUCAGAAACUCGUCAGUCUAUUCUUGUUCUGAGAAAUGAAGGCUGUUCCAUGCGAGAAAUUGCCAAGAAACUUAAGAUCUCGUACAAUGCUGUGUACUACUCCCUUCACAGAACAGCGCAUACUGGCUCUAACCAGAAUAGAAAGAGGAGUGGGAGGCCCCGGUGCCCAACUGAGCAAGAGGACAAAUACAUUAGUGUCUAGUUUGAGAAACAGACGCCUCACAGGUCCUCAACUGGCAGCUUCAUUAAAUAGUACCCGCAAAACACCAGUCUCAACGUCAACAGUGAAGAGGUGACUCCGGGAUGCUGACCUUCUAGGCAGAGUUGCAAAGAAAAAGCCAUAUCUCAGACUGGCCAAUAAAAAUAAAAGAUUAAGAUGGGCAAAAGAACACAGACACUGGACAGAGGAAGAUUGGAAAAAAGUGUUAUGGGCAGACAAAUCGAAGUUUGAGGUGUUCGGAUCACAAAGAAUAACAUUUGCGAGACGCAGACCAAAUUAAAAGAUGCUGGAGGAGUGCUUGUUGCCAUCUGUCAAGCAUGGUGGAGGCAAUGUGAUGGUCUGGGGGUGCUUUGGUGGUGGUAAAGUGGGAGAUUUGUACAGGGUAAAAGGGAUCUUGAAGAAGGAAGGAUAUCACUCCAUUUUUUAACGCCAUGCCAUACCCUGUGAAUGGCGCUUGAUUGGAGCCAAUUUCCUCCUACAACAGGACAAUGACCCAAAGCACAGCUCCAAACUAUGCAAGAACUAUUUAGGGAAGAUGCAGUAAGCUGGUAUUCUGUCUAUAAUGGAGUGGCCAGCACAGUCACCGGAUCUCAACCCUAUUAAGCUGUUGUGGGAGCAGCUUGACUGUAUGGUACGUGGGAGGUGCUUCAGGAAGCAUGGGGUGAAAUCUCUUCAGAUUACCUACACAAAUUGCCAACUAGAAUGCCAAAGGUCUGCAAGGCUGUAAUUGCUGCAAAUUGAGGAUUCUUUGACGGAUGCAAACUUUGAAGGACACAAUUAUUAUUUCAAUUAAAAACCAUUAUUUCUAACCUUGUCAAUGACUACAUUUCCUAUUCAUUUUGCUAUAUUUCCUAUUCAAACUCAUUUCAUGUAUGUUUUCAUGGAAAACAAGGACAUUUCUAAGUGACCCCAAACUUUUGAAUGGUAGUGUACGUGUUAAUCCUCCCUGGAGCGUUGUAACAAUGGACAAUGAAAAUCUCUGUUUUUCUCCCUGUCUUCUCUCUCUUGCUUUCUUUCUCUCUCAUUUUCACCUCACUUGCCCUCUCUCUCUUUCUCUCUCGCCUUUUUCUUUCUCUCUCUCCCUCCCUCUUUCUCGCUUUCUUGUUCCUUCUCUCUGUCCCUCGCUCACUCUUUCUCCUCUCUCUCGCCCCACUCUGCCUGCCUCCCGUAGGAAAAGCCUGACACUGAAGUACUAUGCAAAGAAAAUCCUUUAUUUCCUGCGCCAGCAGAACAUCCUGAGGAGUUUAAAGGUGUUUCUGGAGCAGCCUGCAGAGCAGCAGUCAGCACUAGAGGGUGAGUCAUGGAUGUGGAGUGGGCCUAGCAAUACACUGCACUGCACUUAGGUUUAUCAUACACUCUCAUGACUUGCAGUGUAAACAAAGUAACACUGAAUAAUAUGGACAUAAUACCGUACAUGUGGAGUGGGCCUAGCCAUACACUGCACUGCACAGCACAAUACACUCUUAUCCUAGUGAGUAGUGGAAACAAACUCAGAGAAACAGCUUGGUUAGCAUGGUCUUCUUGUGAAUAAUGUUGGAAAUCUUGGGAAUAAUGUUGGGAAUCUUGGGAAUAAUGACAUGCUUGGGGAAAAAACAAUGUCUGUUUUUCCAUAUUCAUUGGGGGUUUUGAAAAUAAAAGAAAGUGUUAAUAACGUCAUAAGAAAAAAUGUGGUGUAUAACCAGCUUUUAACCAUGUAUUUUUACAGUCUCAUAUUGCCUCCUCUCCUGUUGUAGGAGCUGUGCUGGUGGACCAGUAUUGUAACCCCCUGGCGGAUGUGUCGUUGGACGGUAUAUCCUCCCAGCUGGAGGAGAUCACUGACAAGAUCAAGAAGAUGCUGCGGAUAAAGAACCCCUCUCAUCCAAGCCUGAGGGUCACACAAGGUUGGUCUGAACUGAGGAGUUGGAUGGAAACACAUGUUCUCUCAGUGUCUCUUAGGAAUGAAUACAAAGAGCUCAUACCAAGGCAGGCAUUGUCAGACCUCAAAAGUAGUGUUCAUGUGGAAAAGUAGUCUUGUGGAUUUAAAGCAGAAUAAUUAGUCUGUCGUUUUGAGCACAUGCCCAUUUUUUGUUCUGAAAAUGCCAAACUUGAUUUUAGAGUGAACUAGCCCUUUAAAAAUAUCUAACCAGGUAGAUCUGGUUUAAUUCUGAUGUACUUUAUAAUGUGAUCCUGUUUUCUGAUUGUGUCUGAUUCUAGGUGACUGUUUUGCUGUAGAGGACUUUGAUCUCCAGAGACAGGUGGUCGUUACCCUCAACGCUGUUUUAUACGAGCAGCUUCAGUACAAGGGCAACGAGUGUGACUACUACAACCCUCUCAACUCCUACAUACAACAGGUAUGAGCUGCUACAACCCUCUCUACUCCUACAUACAGCAGGUAUGAGCUGCUACAACCCUCUCUACUCCUACAUACAGCAGGUAUGAGCUGCUACAACCCUCUCUACUCCUACAUACAGCACGUAUGAGCUGCUACAACCCUCAACUCCUACAUACAGCAGGUAUGAGCUGCUACAACCCUCAACUCCUACUACAGGUAUGGCUGCUACCUCACUCCUACAUACAGCAGGUAUGAGCUGCUACAACCCUCAACUCCUACAUACAGCAGGUAUGAGCUGCUACAACCCUCAACUCCUACAUACAUCAGGUAUGAGCUGCUACAACCCUCUCUACUCCUACAUACAGCAGGUAUGAGCUGCUACAACCCUCUCUACUCCUACAUACAGCAGGUAUGAGCUGCUACAACCCUCUCUACUCCUACAUACAGCAGGUAUGAGCUGCUACAACCCUCUCUACUCCUACAUACAGCAGGUAUGAGCUGCUACAACCCUCAACUCCUACAUACAGCAGGUAUGAGCUGCUACAACCCUCUCAACUCAUACAUACAGCAGGUAUGAGCUGCUACCACCUCUCUACUCCUACAUACAGCAGGUUAUGAGGGCUGACUACAACCCUCUCUACUCCUACAUACAGCAGGUAUGAGCUGCUACAACCCUCAAACUCAUACAUACAGCAUGGUAUGAGCUGCUACAACCCUCAACUCCUACAUACAGCAGGUGUGAGCUACUACAACCCUCUCUACUCCUACAUACAGCAGGUAUGAGCUACUACAACCCUCUCUACUCCUACAUACAGCAGGUAUGAGCUACUACAACCCUCUACUCCUACAUACAAGCAGGUUAUGAGCUACUACAACCCUCUUCUACUUCCUACAUACAGCAGGUAUGAGCUUGAACUACAACCCUCCUCACUCCAUACAUACAAGCAGGUAUGAGCUGCUACAAACCUCAACUCCUACAUACAGCAGGUUAUGAGCUUGCUACAACCCUCCUCUACUCCUACAUACAGCAGGUAUGGAGCUGCUACAAACCUCUCUACUCCUACAUACAGCAGGUAUGAGCUGCUACAACCCUCUCUACUCCUAGAUACAGCAGGUAUGAGCUACUACAACCCUCAACUCCUACAUACAGCAGGUAUGAGCUGCUACAACCCUCUCUACUCCUAGAUACAGCAGGUAUGAGCUACUACAACCCUCAACUCCUACAUACAGCAGGUAUGAGCUACUACAACCCUCUCUACUCCUAGAUACAGCAGGUAUGAGCUACUACAACCCUCUCUACUCCUAGAUACAGCAGGUAUGAGCUACUACAACCCUCUCUACUCCUACAUACAGCAGGUAUGAGCUACUACAACCCUCUCUACUCCUAGAUACAGCAGGUAUGAGCUACUACAACCCUCUCAACUCCUAGAUACAGCAGGUACAGUAGCUCUGAGCUCUAAUAGAGAGGUUAUAGAGGACAUGGAUGAUGAUGACGUUUUCCUUGGCCUGUAUUCACAAAGCGUGUCAAGAGUUUUAGUGCUGAUCUAGGAUCAGUGUGUCUUUUUAAAUCAUGAUGAAUAACAGUAGUUGGACAGGGGGACCUGAUCCUAGAUCAGCACUCUUACUCUAUGAGACUUUGUGAAUAUGGGCCCUGGACUUGAUUAUUCACCUAGGAAACAUUAUGGACAUUGUGUGUCUCACAUACUCCCAUGUCUCCUCCCUAUAUAGGUGCUGCUCCGCCGGACAGGCAUUCCCAUCAGCCUCUCUGUCCUCUACAUGACGCUGGCCAGGAAACUGGGGGUUCAACUGGAGCCUGUUAACUUCCCCAAUCACUUCCUGCUUCGCUGGUGCCAGCAACAAAGAGGGUAAGGGGCCAAAGUGUGAAAGGAAGUGAAUGGAAGGCAAAUGCUUCUUUAAUGACCAAAGACUAGACGUUUUUCAUCCACUGGUAUAGUUGUAGUGCAUAGUGACAAUCAAUCAUAAAAUUCAUUGAUCUUGAAGGGAUAGUUCAACUUUUAGUUUUGAACUAGUUCAUGAUUGGGUGAAAUUCAGUAUUGCUCUCUCAAAAUUGCUGGGUUUCAAUAUACCCAAUGUAGCAUUGUCUGCAUUGCACACCAGAAAUCGCGUCAAAGUAACAUGUUUGUACUUGUAUUGAUAAAGCUUCAUGUCUCAUUUCAGGAAUGGGGACAUCUAUGAUUUUGUGUACAUUGACGCCUUCGGUAAAGGCAAGCAGCUGACGGCUAAGGAGUGUGAGUACCUCAUCGGUCACCAGGUGACUGCAGACUACUACAAUGCCAUCAGUACAACAGAAGUGCUGCUAAGGAUGGUGGGGAAUCUGCUCAACAUCGGCAAACGAGGGUAAGACUUAUGGACAUAGGAUGUGCUUUUUUUCCCCUGACUAAUAAAUAAUUUCUGCUUUUCUGACAUCAGAAAAUCUCUAACCGUACAUCAUGGAAUUGAAUCAAUCCAAAUGUUUCUUUUUUCCUGAUUUUCUAUGUUGUCCUCAGGAUCUCAUCCUUGAGGUAAUGUUAGGGUUAGAGUUGGUAAAAAAUACAUUCCUACACUCAACUGUCACCAACUGUCAUAUUUGUGGUAUGAAACAACACUGUGUAUCACUGUGCUAUGUCUUGCAGGGAGGGCAAUGAGAAAUCCUACCAGCUGCUGAGAGACUCUCUGGAUCUCUACCUCACCAUCAACCCAGACAACGUCCAAUACCUUCUACUACAGGCCAGACUCUACUUCCACCUGGGCAUCUGGCCUGAGAAGGUUAGCAUGAUAUCUCAACAUGGCAUAUUUACAUUUAGUCAUUUAGCAGACGCUCUUAUCCAGAGCGACUCCCCCGUGGGAAUCGAACCCGCAACCCUGGCGUUGCAAGAGCCAUGCUCUACCAACUGAGCCACACGAAACCCAAAUACACUACAUGGCCAAAAAGUAGGUGGACACCUCUUCAUAUUAGUGGAUUCGGCUAUUUCAGCCACACCUGUUGCUGACAGAUGUGUAAAAUCGAGCACGCAGCCAUGCAAUCUCCAUAGACAAACAUUGGCAGUAGAAUGGCCUUACUGAAGAGCUCAGUGACGUUCAACGUGGCACCGUCAUAGGAUGCCACCUUUCCAACAAGUCAAUUCGUCAAAUUUCUGCCUUGCUAGAGCUGCCCCGGUCAACUGUAAGUGAUGUUAUUGUAAAGCGGAAAAACAUCUAGGAGCAACAACGGCUAAGCAGCAAAGUUUUGGGCCACACAAGCUCACAGAACGGGACUGCUGAGUGCUGAAGCGCGUAAAAGUCGUCUGUCGUCGGUUGCAACUGUUCUUCGGAAGCUUCAUGAAAUGGGUUUCCAUGGCCGAGCAGCCACCACAAGCCUAAGAUCACCAUGCGCAAUGCCAAGCGUCGGCUGGAGUGGUGUAAAGCUCGCCGCCAUUGGACUCUGCAGCAGUGGAAAUGCAUUCUCUGGAGUGAUAAAUCACGCUUCACCAUCUGGCAGUCCGACAGAGGAAUCUGGGUUUGGCGGAUUCCAGGAGAACGCUACCUGCCCCAAUGCAUAACGGCAACUGUAAAGUUUGGUGGAUGAGGAAUAAUGGUCUGGGUCUGUUUUUCAUGGUUCGGGCUAGGCCCCUUAAUUCCAGUGAAGGGAAAUCGUAACGCUACAGCAUACAAUUACAUUCUAGACAAUUCUGUGCUUCCGACUUUGUGGCAACAGUUUGGGGAAGGCCCUUUCCUGUUUCAGCAUGACAAUGCCCCCGUGCACAAAGCAAGGUCCAUACAGAAAUUGUUUUUUGAGAUCGGUGUGGAAGAACUUGACUGGCCUGCACAGAGCCCUGACCUCAACCCCAUCAAACACUUUUGGGAUGAAUUGGAACUCUGACUGCGAGCCAGGCCUAAUCGACCAACAUCAGUGCCCGACCUCACUAAUGCUCUUGUGGCUGAAUGGAAGCAAGUCCCCGCAGCAUUAUAAUUAAAUAAUAUAAUAUGCCAUUUAGCAGGCGCUUUUAUCCAAAGCAACUUACAGUCAUGUGUGCAUACAUUUUUACGUAUGGGUGGUCCCGGGGAUCGAACCCACUACCCUGGUGUUACAAGCGCCAUGCACUACCAAUUGAGCUACAGAGGACCGCAUUGUUCCAACAUCUAGUGGAAAGCCUUCCCAGAAGAGUGGAGGCUGUUAUAGCAGCAAAGGGGGGACCAACUCCAUAUUAAUGCUCGUGAUUUUGGAAUGAGAUGUUCGACGAGCAGGUGUCCACAUACUUUUGGUCAUAUAGUGUAUUUGUCCAUUCAUCGAAGUAUAGGCUAUUUAUUUAUUAAUUAUGAGUUAUUUUGCAUUUGAUUAUAAUCACAUAGAAACUGAAAUAAUGUAGUGUACAUGUACAGUGGGGAAAAAAAGUAUUUAGUCAGCCACCAAUUGUGCAAGUUCUCCCACUUAAAAAGAUGAGAGAGGCCUGUAAUUUUCAUCAUAGGUACACGUCAACUAUGACAGACAAAUUGAGAUUUUUUUUUCCAGAAAAUCACAUUGUAGGAUUUUUAAUGAAUUUAUUUGCAAAUUAUGGUGGAAAAUAAGUAUUUGGUCACCUACAAACAAGCAAGAUUUCUGGCUCUCACAGACCUGUAACUUCUUCUUUAAGAGGCUCCUCUGUCCUCCACUCGUUACCUGUAUGAAUGGCACCUGUUUGAACUUGUUAUCAGUAUAAAAGACACCUGUCCACAACAUCAAACAGUCACACUCCAAACUCCACUAUGGCCAAGACCAAAGAGCUGUCAAAGGACACCAGAAACAAAAUUGUAGACCUGCACCAGGCUGGGAAGACUGAAUCUGCAAUAGGUAAGCAGCUUGGUUUGAAGAAAUCAACUGUGGGAGCAAUUAUUAGGAAAUGGAAGACAUACAAGACCACUGAUAAUCUCCCUCGAUCUGGGGCUCCACGCAAGAUCUCACCCCGUGGGGUCAAAAUGAUCACAAGAACGGUGAGCAAAUAUCCCAGAGCCACACGGGGGGACCUAGUGAAUGACCUGCAGAGAGCUGGGACCAAAGUAACAAAGCCUACCAUCAGUAACACACUACGCCGCUAGGGACUCAAAUCCUGCAGUGCAAGACGUUUCCCCCUGCUUAAGGCAGUACAUGUCCAGGCCCGUCUGAAGUUUGCUAGAGUGCAUUUGGAUGAUCCAGAAGAUCAUUGGGAGAAUGUCAUAUGGUCAGAUGAAACCAAAAUAUAAAUUUUGGGUAAAAACUCAACUCAUCGUGUUUGGAGGACAAAUAAUGCUGAGUUGCAUCCAAAGAACACCAUACCUACUGUGAAGCAUGGGGGUGGAAACAUCAUGCUUUGGGGCUGUUUUUCUGCAAAGGGACCAGGACGACUGAUCCGUGUAAAGGAAAGAAUGAAUGGGGCCAUGUAUCGUGAGAUUUUGAGUGAAAACCUCCUUCCAUCAGCAAGGGCAUUGAAGAUGAAACGUGGCUGGGUCUUUCAGCAUGACAAUGAUCCCAAACACACCGCCCGGGCAACGAAGGAGUGGCUUCGUAAGAAGCAUUUCAAGGUCCUGGAGUGGCCUAGCUAGUCUCCAGAUCUCAACCCCAUAGAAAAUCUUUGGAGGGAGUUGAAAGUCCGUGUUGCCCAGCGACAGCCCCAAAACAUCACUGCUCUAGAGGAGAUCUGCAUGGAGGAAUGGGCCAAAAUACCAGCAACAGUGUGUGAAAACCUUGUGAAGACUUACAUAAAACGUUUUACCUGUGUCAUUGCCAACAAAGGGUAUAUAACAAAGUAUUGAGAAACUUUUGUUAUUGACCAAAUACUUAUUUUCCACCAUAAUUUGCAAAUAAAUUCAUAAAAAAUCCUACAAUGUGAUUUUCUGGAUUUUUUUUCCUCAUUUUGUCUGUCAUAGUUGACGUGUACCUAUGAUGAAAAUUACAGGCCUCUCUCAUCUUUUUAAGUGGGAGAACAUGCACAAUUGGUGGCUGACUAAAUACUUUUUUCCCCACUGUAAGUGGACCAAAUGGCUUUAUCCUGGCUUUGAUACUGCAGAUUGUUGUUAAAAACAUUAAUUUGGCUUGUGUCAUUUGGCUAUUGUUCUGCCUCCUCUUUUUUUAAACGUUUUAUUGUCACACACCGGAUAGGGGUAGUGAAUUGUGUUGUGUUACAGGGUCAGCAAUAGUAGUACGGCGCCCCUGGAGCAAAUAAGGGUUAAGUGCCUUGCUCAAGGGCACAUCAACAGAUUUCUCACCUCGUCGGCUCAGGUAUUCAAACUAGCGACCUUUCGGUUACUGGCCCAACGCUCUAACCGUUUACCUGCCUCUACCUGCUUACUACGGUACAGAGUAGAGGACAAGCUUUCCCCAACUGAUAAUGACUGGUGUCUGCUUGAUGUCUCACCCCUCUCCUGCCUCUUCCAGGUCCUCGACAUCCUGCAGCACAUCCAGGCGUUAGACCCGUCCCAACACGGGGCAGUGGGUUAUCUGGUGCAGCACACCCUGGAGCACAUCCAGCACAAGAAACACCCUGUAGAGCCAGAGGUGAAGAGACGCAGCACCCCCGAACACCUAGAGCUGCAAUACAGUGUAGGCCUCAUCAUGAAACACAAGAGGUGGGUCUGAGCAGUCUGUCUGCCUGUCCGAGCAGUCUGCCUGCCUGUCCGAGCAGUCUGCCUGCCUGUCCGAGCAGUCUGCCUGCCUGUCCGAGCAGUCUGCCUGCCUGUCCGAGCAGUCUGCCUGCCUGUCCGAGCAGUCUGUCUGCCUGCCUGUCCGAGCAGUCUGCCUGCCUGCCUGCCUGCCUGUCCGAGCAGUCUGUCUGUCUGCCUGCCUGCCUGUCCGAGCAGUCUGUCUGCCUGCCUGUCCGAGCAGUCUCUGUCUGCCUGCCUGUCUGUCCGAGCAAUCUGCCUGCCUGCCUGAGCAAUCUGUCUGCCUGCCUGAGAAAUCUGUCUGCCUGUCCGAGCAGUCUCUGUCUGCCUGCCUGCCUGUCCAAGCAGUCUCUGUCUGCCUGCCUGCCUGUCCGAGCAGUCUGUCUGCCUGCCUGCUUGUCCGAGCAGUCUGCCUGCCUGCUUGUCCGAGCAGUCUGUCUGCCUGCCUGCCUGUCUGAGCAGUCUGUCUGUCUGCCUGUCCGAGCAGUCUGUCUGUCUGUCUGCCUGCCUGCCUGUCCGAGCAGUCUCUGCCUGCCUGCCUGUCCGAGCAGUCUCUGCCUGCCUGCCUGUCUGAGCAGUCUGCCUGUCUGCCUGCCUGUCUGAGCAGUCUGCCUGCCUGCCUGUCUGUCUAUCUAUUCCGUCUAUUAAUCCUUCCUGUCUAUCAAUCCCUUGAUCUUUCCAUCGGUUUAUCCCUCCAUCCAUCCCUGAAUCAGUUGUUUGUCCUCCACCACCCUCUUUGUAGGUAAAGUUGUAAUCCUCUACUGCUGAAUAACACUGUCAAUGUAAAACUCUACUGUAUUCUGAUGAAUGGCAGAAUAACUAUUUAUGAAAUAAUAAUUUGUAUUAUAAUCAUUAUGAUUUGUAAACCUGUAGUGUGCCCUUUCCCCAUGUGUGACACUGUACCUCAUCUCCAUCUCUGACACCAGGUCUGGCUAUAACUGUGCGAUCUAUGGCUGGGACCCCAAGUGCACCAUGAGCCAGGAGUGGAUCACCACCAUGAGGGUCCACCAGCUGUCCAGCGGGGCUAACCAGCCCUUCUACAACGUCUUAGUGGAGGACGGCACCUGCCGAUACGCUGCCCAGGGUACAUCUAUACCAGACAGACUAACAUACUGUACAUGUCACUGAAAGACAUUCUCAAUAUGUCAGGGCAGUGGUCGUUUUGUUAAGGAGGCGAUCUGAUAAGAAACAUGACAAAUGUAAUACUUGAAAUGCUUAUUGAAGAGUUAUACAGUGGGGAAAAAAAGUAUUUAGUCAGCCACCAAUUGUGCAAGUUCUCCCACUUAAAAAGAUGAGAGAGGCCUGUAAUUUUCAUCAUAGGUACACGUCAACUAUGACAGACAAAUUGGAGAGAAAAAAUCCAGAAAAUCACAUUGUAGGAUUUUUUAUAAAUUUAUUUGCAAAUUAUGGUGGAAAAUAAGUAUUUGGUCACCUACAAACAAGCAAGAUUUCUGGCUCUCACAGACCUGUAACUUCUUCUUUAAGAGGCUCCUCUGUCCUCCACUCGUUACCUGUAUUAAUGGCACCUGUUUGAACUUGUUAUCAGUAUAAAAGACACCUGUCCACAACCUCAAACAGUCACACUCCAAACUCCACUAUGGCCAAGACCAAAGAGCUGUCAAAGGACACCAGAAACAAAAUUGUAGACCUGCACCAGGCUGGGAAGACUGAAUCUGCAAUAGGUAAGCAGCUUGGUUUGAAGAAAUCAACUGUGGGAGCAAUUAUUAGGAAAUGGAAGACAUACAAGACCACUGAUAAUCUCCCUCGAUCUGGGGCUCCACGCAAGAUCUCACCCCGUGGGGUCAAAAUGAUCACAAGAACGGUGAGCAAAAAUCCCAGAACCACACGGGGGGACCUAGUGAAUGACCUGCAGAGAGCUGGGACCAAAAUAACAAAGCCUACCAUCAGUAACACACUACGCCGCCAGGGACUCAAAUCCUGCAGUGCCAGACGUGUCCCCCUGCUUAAGCCAGUACAUGUCCAGGCCCGUCUGAAGUUUGCUAGAGUGCAUUUGGAGGAUCCAGAAGAGUAUUGGGAGAAUGUCAUAUGGUCAGAUGAAACCAAAAUAUAACUUUUUGGUAAAAACUCAACUCAUCGUGUUUGGAGGACAAAGAAUGCUGAGUUGCAUCCAAAGAACACCAUACCUACUGUGAAGCAUGGGGGUGGAAACAUCAUGCUUUGGGGCUGUUUUUUCUGCAAAGGGACCAGGACGACUGAUCCGUGUAAAGGAAAGAAUGAAUGGGGCCAUGUAUCGUGAGAUUUUGAGUGAAAACCUCCUUCCAUCAGCAAGGGCAUUGAAGAUGAAACGUGGCUGGGUCUUUCAGCAUGACAAUGAUCCCAAACACACCGCCCGGGCAACGAAGGAGUGGCUUCGUAAGAAGCAUUUCAAGGUCCUGGAGUGGCCUAGCCAGUCUCCAGAUCUCAACCCCAUAGAAAAUCUUUGGAGGGAGUUGAAAGUCCAUGUUGCCCAGCGACAGCCCCAAAACAUCACUGCUCUAGAGGAGAUCUGCAUGGAGGAAUGGGCCAAAAUACCAGCAACAGUGUGUGAAAACCUUGUGAAGACUUACAGAAAACGUUUGACCUGUGUCAUUGCCAACAAAGGGUAUAUAACAAAGUAUUGAGAAACUUUUGUUACUGACCAAAUACUUAUUUUCCACCAUAAUUUGCAAAUAAAUUCAUUAAAAAUCCUACAAUGUGAUUUUUUUGAUAUUUUUAUCUCAUUUUGUCUGUCAUAGUUGACGUGUACCUAUGAUGAAAAUUACAGGCCUCUCUCAUCUUUUUAAGUGGGAGAACUUGCACAAUUGGUGGCUGACUAAAUACUUUUUUACCCCACUGUACAUGCUGGAUGAGUAGUAUCCCUGUCUGCUGAGGUGUAGGCCUAUAAACUUUCAAAUGUACACAGAAUAUGCAGCUUUCUUGUACAGUAACUUGCCUCUGCUCAGUUUGAGAUUUCCUGUUUCUUGUUACAUGAUACCGUACUGUUUAAAAAAAAAUAUAUAGUAUCUUUACGCCUCUUUUUCUCGUCUCCCAGAAAAUCUGGAGCCUCAUUCCGCCCCUCUGGAGAUCGCUCACCCGGAGGUGGGACGCUACUUCUCAGAGUUCCAUGACAGCCACUAUGUUGCCAACGAGGAGCUGCAGACACGCUACCCAGAGGACAUGUCAGAGACCCUGGGCACCGUACGGGACCUCUACCACAGACUGAUGCCCAGCUCAGGGCAUGCCUCAGGGCAACAGGAGAGCCCCAACGGCCCCUCCCAGGACCAGAAGAGCCAGGACAGCCAGGAGAACCAGGACGCCAUGUCCAUAUAGCUAAGCCUCCACUACUCCUCGGCCCCAUCCAAAACAACCCCUAGUUCCUACCACCUAGGCAGGCACAGGUAGAUCUGAAAGGAUUGGAUGUGUAUAAACAAUAUGGCAGAAUUACAACUAGCCUAUCACAGGGCAGGGUAGAGCUACCACUAGCCUAUCACAGGGCAGGGUAGAGCUACCACUAGCCUAUCACAGGGCAGGGUAGAGCUACCACUAGCCUAUCAUAGGGCAGGGUAGAGCUACCACUAGCCUAGCAUAGGGCAGAUUGUAGCUACUAGUAGCCUAACCUAACGUAGCAGGCGUAGAAAGAUGCCUGAGCGGAGUCCCCACUUCCGUUUUUCAGGGGAAAUGGAAGUUAGGUUGAAAAUACUGUUUCCCUGAAAACGUUCUGCAAAUGCCGCUAAGGGUGCUACUAGCCUAUCGUGUGGCAGGGUGGAGCUACUACUAGCCUAUCAUAGGGCAGGGUGGAGCUACUACUAGGGUCUAGGGGUUGUUUCUGGACAGGGC